AAACAGUAUAAUUAUGAUUUUCAAAUAAUCCAAAGUUUUUUUUUUUCGUGUCAUCCCGCCAUUUUCUGAUCAUCUACUUUUUAAGUAAUGGAUGGGAAGCGACGAGUUACAAGCUCUAACAAAGGCCCAACACCAAAAAAGCCAAAAUUGUCAAAACUUGGUAGUAGUCAAAAAGCUGAUAUGGAGGAAGAUGUUAUUCCGUCUUCUUUUGAAUCAGAGUUGGCUCGUCUCGAGGAAGAGAUAAAUGCAGAGGAGAACUUAGGGGAAGGGCCGGCAAUGACUCAAACCUCAGGAAAAUGGACAAGACCCCUUCCUCAAAAGUUAGAUCCUAAUUAUGAUGAUAUUAACUUCCAACAAAUAGAUGUUGAUCACUAUAUUGGAGGCCACAUGGAGGGAAUGCCUGGCAGUAAAAUAGGACCAGUUCCUAUUGUUAGAAUAUUUGGGAUAACUGAUGAUGAGAACAGUGUUUGCAUGCAUGUACAUGGAUUUGCUCCGUACUUUUUUGUACCAGCAAUAGAUAAUUUUGAUCCAAUGCAUUGCAAUACUUUUAGACAAAGUCUGAAUUCUGCUGUAAUUCAAGAUAUGAGAUCAAACAAGGAUAAUAUUGAAAAUGCUGUUCUAAAUGUAGAAGUUUGUCAGAAAGAAAAUAUCUACUAUUUUCGUAGAAAUCGAAAAAGUGCCUUUUUGAAAAUCACAAUGGCUUUGCCAAAACUUAUCGCUCCGGCCAAAAGACUUUUAGAACAAGGUUUCUCAUUUCCUGGUUAUCGCAAUCACUGUUACAGUGCAUACGAGUCAAAUGUUGACUUUGAAAUUCGAUUUAUGGUUGAUGUUAACAUUGUUGGCGCAAAUUGGAUAGAAGCUAAAGCUGGAACAUACAAGCUCAGAUCACCAAAUAGUAGUUUUCCACCUAAAUCUCGUUGUCAAAUUGAACUAGAUAUAUCUUGGGAAGAUAUUAAUUCUCGCAACCCAGAAGGCGAUUGGUCAAAACUUGCACCGCUUAGAAUUCUAAGCUUUGAUAUUGAAUGUGCGGGAAGGAAAGGUAUUUUUCCCGAACCUGAUAAGGAUCCUGUUAUUCAAAUUGCCUCUAUGGUUAUUAAACAAGGAAGCAAAGAACCAUUUGUUAGAUGUAUUUUUACGCUUAAAAAAUGCGCUUCUAUUAUUGGAGCAGACGUUCGGUGUUUUGAUAGUGAGGCUGAAUUGCUACGAAAAUGGGCAGAAUUUUUUCGUGAAAUUGAUGCAGAUAUUGUCACUGGAUACAACAUACAAAAUUUCGAUUUCCCUUAUUUGAUAAAUAGGGCAUCACAUCUAAAAGUCCCUUCAUUUCCUUUCCUAGGUAGGAUGAAGGACAACAGAACGGUGAUAAAAGAUUCUCUUUUACAAUCUAAGCAAAUGGGUAAAAGAGAGAAUAAGGUUAUUAAUAUGGAAGGGAGAAUUCACUUUGAUCUCCUACAGAUUUUACUGAGAGAUUAUAAAUUACGUUCUUAUACGUUGAACGCCGUCUCUUUUCACUUCCUACAAGAACAAAAGGAAGAUGUUCAGCAUUCGAUUAUCACAGAUCUUCAGAAUGGAAAUGAACAAACCAGAAGACGGUUGGCAGUUUAUUGUUUAAAAGAUGCUUACCUACCUCUAAGACUUUUGGAUAAAUUAAUGUCAAUUAUUAAUUAUAUUGAAAUGGCAAGAGUAACCGGAGUUCCUGUGUCUUAUUUGUUGAGUAGAGGUCAACAAAUUAAAGUUGUUUCUCAGUUGUUGCGAAAGGCGAAGGAAGAAAAUCUCUUACUACCCGCUCAUAGGGCCUCAGCGGGAGAUGAGUAUGAAGGAGCUACUGUUAUUGAACCAAAAAGAGGUUACUACGAUGUUCCCAUAGCAACACUGGAUUUCUCAUCUUUGUAUCCGUCCAUCAUGAUGGCCCAUAAUCUCUGUUAUACAACGCUACUAAAGAAUGAUUCUAUUGAAAACCACAAUAUCCAACCUGACGAAUAUAUUAAAACUCCUUGUGGGGAAAAAUUUAUAAAAAGCUCAGUCCGAAAAGGGUUAUUACCACAAAUUCUUGAGAGUUUACUUUCCGCAAGAAAGAAAGCAAAAAGAGAUUUGAAAGAGGAAACAGAUCCUUUUAAAAAGAAAGUGUUGGAUGGUAGGCAAUUAGCACUUAAGUUAAGUGCUAAUUCUGUUUACGGCUUUACUGGCGCUCAAGUUGGUAAACUACCUUGCUUGGAAGUUUCGUCGAGUGUAACAGCUUUUGGUAGACAAAUGAUCGAACAAACAAAAAAGCAUGUUGAAGAAAAAUACACUAUUGCAAAUGGGUAUCCUUUCGAUGCUGAAGUUGUUUACGGUGAUACGGAUUCCGUAAUGUGUAAAUUUGGCGUUAAUACAGUUGCCGAAGCAAUGGAAUUAGGUAAAGAGGCUGCAGCAUAUAUUUCAGACAAAUUUAUUGAUCCUAUAAAAUUGGAGUUUGAAAAAGUAUAUUUUCCGUAUUUAUUAAUUAACAAGAAGAGAUAUGCUGGCCUAUAUUUUACAAAACCUGACAAGCAUGAUAAGAUGGAUUGUAAGGGGAUUGAAACCGUAAGGAGAGAUAAUGCUCCAUUGGUAGCAAAUCUUGUUAACUCAUGUCUGCAGAAGAUCUUAAUUGAUCGAGAUCCGACGGGAGCAGUUGAUUUUGCUAAGCAAAAGAUUUCUGAUCUUCUAUGUAAUAGAGUUGAUAUUUCAUUAUUAGUUAUUACUAAGGAACUAACUAAAACGGAUGACGAAUAUGCUGCUAAACAAGCUCACGUUGAAUUGGCUAACAAGAUGAAGAAAAGAGAUCCGGGAAGUGCUCCUCAACUUGGAGACAGAGUACCAUAUGUUGUAAUUGCUGGAGCUAAAGGAGCAGCAGCGUAUAUGAAAUCAGAAGAUCCCAUCUACGUUCUGGAGCAUAACAUACCAAUAGAUACCCAAUAUUACUUGGAAAAUCAACUUGCAAAGCCACUUCUAAGAAUCUUUGAACCUAUAUUAGGAGGGGAUAAAAAAGCUGAAAGCGAAUUACUUCAUGGGGAUCAUACGAGAACCAAAACAGUCGUUACUUCAAAAGUUGGAGGAUUAGCAGCCUUCACCAAAAAGAAGAGUACAUGUAUUGGAUGUAAAACCCCCUUAAUGAAAGAUAAUCAGGCUCUGUGUAAACAUUGCGCUGUAGAUUCAUCAGCAAUUUACCAAAAAGAAAUCUCUAAUCUACAACAUUUAGAAGAAAAAUUUGCCAAAUUGUGGACCCAAUGUCAAAGAUGUCAAGGUUCAUUGCAUGAAGAUGUUCUUUGUACUAGCCGUGAUUGCCCUAUUUUCUAUAUGAGAAAAAAAGUACAGAAAGAUCUCUCUGAUCAAGAUAAAACUAUAGAGAGAUUUGAAAGUUUAAACUGGUGAGUUCUGACUAUCUUAUAUGUAUAAAUAGAUAAUCUGCAAAAACCAAUUUUGCUUUUCCUUUUAUCAUGGUUAUAUUUCCAAAGCAUUUUUUUUUUAAAUAAAUAAAAUAAACUACAUCCCA